AAUACAGUUUUUACGGUGAAUAACAAUACAUUUAUAAAAUGUUGAAAAAAUUUUAGUUUUCUUGACCGUGAUAAAUGUGCAAAACUCCGAUAAAAAUAGUUAAUAGUUUUUUAAUCCAAAUUGCGUGCCAGUCAAAUAAAUCUUUUUCGUACGUAAAUUCCAGUAGUAGAUAAAAAAUCGAGUCCUCUAAAUGGCGGAUGUGAAAGAGCAGCCUGAAUGGGGCAUAAAGAUGUCCAAAUACUUUAUAAUUCCCCAACGAUGGAUUCUGGCCAUCAUGGGAUUCUUUGCCAUUUUUAAUGCGUACACCAUGCGGAUAUGUCUAUCUCAAGCCAUCACAGUACUGGUGGUGAAGAGGAACUACACUGUUUUCCACACCGAAGCGAUCUGUGAACCGGAUGCAGAAUCUGAAGCCAAGGAUACGAGGGAGGGAGGCGACUACGAUUGGUCGCAGGAGAAACAGGGUCUUAUCCUGGCCUCCUUUUACAUUGGCUAUAUUGUCACCCAUUUGCCCGGCGGCAUUUUGGCAGACAAAUUUGGCGGAAAGUGGACUCUGAGUCUUGGAAUCUUUUUCACGGCGAUUUUCACAUUGCUCACACCGGUCUGCAUUAUCUAUGGCGGUGCCGAUGCUCUAAUUGUGCUCCGCGUCCUUAUGGGACUUGGUGAAGGAACCACUUUUCCGGCCCUCAGCGUUCUGCUAGCCAGCUGGGUACCGGCAUCGGAGCGCGGAAUGCUGGGAGCCCUCGUACUCGGUGGUGGACAGAUGGGUAGCAUAGCUGGUAACAUUAUUUCUGGAUAUAUACUCGACUCCAUGGACUGGCCAUGGGUAUUCUAUGUUUUCGCGCUGAUCGCACUUGUUUGGUUUGUCAUAUUCACGCUGUUGUGCUUUAGCAGCCCAUUCACGCAUCCAUACAUCAAGCCGGAAGAACGCGCUUUCUUAUCACAGGAGGUACCGCCCCCGGAUAAGAACAAGCCGAAGACACCAUUUGUGGCCAUACUCACAAACAUACCCAUGUGGGCACUGAUCAGUGCUCAGAUCGGACACGAUUGGGGCUUCUAUAUAAUGGUCUCCUACCUGCCAAAGUAUAUGGCAGAUGUGCUGCGGUUUUCGAUAAAGUCCAAUGGCCUCUACUCCUCACUGCCCUACGUUACCAUGUGGGUCCUGUCGCUCGUCAGCGGCUGUGUGGCCGAUCAAAUGAUCAAACGCAACUGCAUGAGCACCAAGAACACGCGCAAAAUCAUGACAGGAUUGGCCGCCUUUGGACCGGCUAUCUUCAUGGUCGCUGCAUCCUAUGCUGGCUGCGAUCGGGUCCUGGUCGUCGCCCUAUUUACAAUCACCAUGGGUCUGAUGGGCACCUACUAUGCUGGCAUGAAGCUCACGCCAUUGGACAUGAGCCCCAAUUAUGCCGGAACUCUGAUGGCCAUCACCAAUGGCAUUGGUGCGAUUACGGGCGUGAUAUCGCCCUACUUAGUGGGUGUGAUGACACCGAAUGCCACCCUCUUGGAGUGGCGAAUGGUGUUCUGGGUCGCGUUCGCCGUUCUUGUCGUCACGGCGAUUGUCUAUUGCAUUUGGGCGUCCGGCGAGGUGCAGCCCUUCAAUGAUGGCACCAAUUCAAACAAGAAGAAGGAAGCAGCGUAAAUUUGAGCUUUAUUAAACGUCGAUUUGUUACUUAUGGACUUUAA